CUUGGUCAUUCACCCUUCCACCCUCAUACACCUUCUCCCUUCCUCCCCCCUACUCUCGCUAUCCAAUGUCGACAAGAAUCAUUACCCUCGACGAGCUCCGUGAAAACAAGACUCGGGACAGCCUCUACAUCCUCAUUCACGGCAAAGUCUACAAUGUCACAAAGUUCAUGGAUGAGCAUCCCGGAGGAGACGAGGUUCUGUUAGCCGAGGGUGGCCAGGAUGCAACGGAAGCCUUUGAGGAUGUGGGCCACUCCGACGAAGCCCGCGAACUCCUCCCUGCCAUGCUCAUUGGUGAAUUCGAAAAGAGUAGCGAUAUUCCGCUCAAAUCCGGAGCAGCGGCUGCACAAGCGAGCCGGGUAUCAGGAGCCGUUGAACAGGGAUCCAACCUGAUGUACUUCAUCCCCCUAGCUCUGCUUGGCGCUUAUUUCGGAUGGCGGUUCUACUCUGGCGCUUAAACCGCUACUUAUCGAAUCGUUUAUCUAUACACCUCGCUGACGCUCUCUCCCCGUUUAACCUCGCAUUCCCUUAUUGCCACACGUGCUUAUUACAUGUGUACCCUUUGCAUUAUUUACUCCCUUUUAUUCUUGGUGGAUGUUUGGAAAUAGAGCUCAUUUUGGUGCAA